AUAAAAUGGACAAUGAGUGUAGAAACAAGGAGGUGAUCAUAAUGUUAUGCCUGAUCAGUGUAUGUUUUUGAAUCAGCCUGAUGGAUGAGAAUGCAGCCAAUUCACACUCUGUUUGUUGUGACAUAAACAUGUGAUUGUGAAAGAUAAAUUUUGUUUCUUAAGGUUAGAACUGCAGCUAGGAGGCUAAUGUUGCUAACAAACAGUACAACUCAUAAGUUGCUUAAAUAACCCAAAUUGUUUCUGUAAAAGUACAUCACCAGAACUUCUCUCAGCCCCCUCAAACCACAUCCAGGGUUCAUUAAGGUCACACAGAGAUGCUGAUGUGGUUUAGAGCACAGCGAACUAUGAAAAACGACAGCUUUGCCACUGUGGGCAGCUUUCAGACAAAGCCUGGGCUGUUAAUCGCAGAGCAGGACUGAUCUUAAAUCAGAGUCCUCUGUAUUUUUAGCUCUCAUUGUCACAAAUACUGAUUCUAGAUCAGCACUCCUGCUUUUGGGGUAGUUUGUAAACCCUGUUAUCUAAGCUGGCUGCCCACGGUUUUGUUCAGUUUCACAGCUCAUCGCAAGUCAUACUUUGUCCUGAGUUUUCACAACCUCAGUGAUGACCUGAAUGUGGCUUUAGAGAAGUUUUGGUGAUGAACUUUUUACAGAAAUGAUUUGGCCUAUUUGGGUGGCUAUUGAGUUAUAGUGUUUGUUAGCAACGUUAGCCUCACUGCUCCACUUCUAAACUAAACUUUUGUCAUUUAUUUUAGAAAUUUGUGUAAAAACAGCUCAGUUUGAAAGAAGCGCAUGCAGUUUGCAGUAUGCUCAAUUAGGAGCUUCCAUUAGGAGUGAGCUAUAUCAGCCUCAUAGCUCCAGUUUAAAACAAUACAGGGAGACUUCAGACACCAAGCAUGUCUUGGUGAUUGACUACACUGGAGGUAAAGGGAAAGUUGUGUAAAUCUGAGGAAAGGCUGGCCUGUUGAUUUUUAAAGCUGGUAUGAUUUAGCUGGCAUGCUAAUGUAUUCAUGAGCUCAGAUUUAAAUCUGCUGCACCACCUAAACGCACCUUUCUGGCACAAGCUGUACCUGCGCAGGCUGUUAUUGUUCCUGUUCAGCGGAGUGGAAGGGUCGAGUUAGGCAGUUGGGCGUGCAGCUGCGCAGUGCCGUGUGUGUGUGUGUAUACCUGCCCUCAGGUGUUUGGAUUGGCUCGCCCUGCUGUCAGUCACCCCGAACCCUGCCCGUUGCCGUGGUGCUCUGCGGCGCCGGCGCAAGAAGCUCCAAAUGAGAGAAUGCGACGGUGGCUGUUGCCUCGUCUCUCUGUGUCACUGCUGUACGCUCGCUCACUCGCUCGUGCGCUUUCGCUCGCCCUCUGCUCUCGCUCUCUCGCUCCCCAGCUUUCGCUCAGCCAGGAUCUGGAGCCGCGUGCGCUGCCCGACCGUAAGAAGAAGCCGGUGCUCAAGCUCUCUAAGGAGGCGUUUGAGCAGCCCCCUCCUGCUGCUACACCCCCAAGAGACCUGGACUCUAAAGCCUGCGUUACUAUUGGAGAGAAGAACUUUGAGGUGAAGGCAGAUGAUCUGGAGCUGAUUGAGGAGCUGGGCAGAGGGGCAUAUGGCGUGGUGGACAAGAUGAAGCAUGUGCCCAGCGGUGUGAUCAUGGCCGUCAAGAGAAUCCGGGCAACAGUGAACACUCAGGAGCAGAAGCGGCUGCUGAUGGACCUGGAUAUUUCAAUGAGAACAGUGGACUGCUUCUACACAGUGACUUUCUACGGGGCGCUCUUUAGAGAGGGUGACGUGUGGAUCUGUAUGGAGCUGAUGGACACGUCGUUGGAUAAGUUUUAUAAGCAGGUUCAGGAGAAGGGUAUGACCAUCCCAGAGGACAUCCUGGGCAAGAUGGCAGUUUCAAUUGUGAAAGCUUUGGAGCACCUGCACAGCAGACUGUCCGUGAUCCACCGAGAUGUGAAACCCUCCAACGUUCUGAUCAACAUGCAGGGCCAGGUGAAGAUGUGUGACUUUGGUAUCAGCGGCUAUCUGGUGGACUCGGUGGCUAAAACGAUGGAUGCUGGCUGCAAACCCUACAUGGCGCCGGAGCGGAUAAACCCGGAGACCAAUCAGAAAGGCUACAACGUCAAGUCUGAUAUCUGGAGUUUAGGAAUCACCAUGAUCGAGCUGGCGAUCCUGCGCUUUCCGUAUGACUCUUGGGGGACGCCAUUCCAGCAGCUGAAGCAGGUGGUGGAAGAGCCAUCACCACAGCUACCUGCUGACCGCUUUUCGCCAGAGUUUGUGGACUUCACAUCACAAUGCUUAAAGAAGAAUUCCAAAGAGCGGCCAAACUACACAGAACUCAUGCAACACCCCUUUUUCACCUGCCACGACUCCAAAGAGACAGACGUUGCUAGCUUUGUGAAGAUCAUCCUCGGCGACUGAACACGCCUCCUCACGGUGAAACUGACCUGCCGCCGGCGAGGAAAAGCGGGACUAUUCCACAAAAAAAAAAAUAAAGCACCAAUCGCAAGACUGACACCUGUAAGACACGCCCACCUCAGCCAACAGCUCAGAGCGACUCGGUAGAGGCCGGGGGGUGGAGACUGAAACUAAAGGGGGGCUACGGGCGUUUCCUAGCAACACACAGGAGUUGGGCAGGGGACAGGUGUGUGUGUGUGUGUGUGUGUGUGUGUGUGUGUGUAUGUGCCUGAUGUGUGUGCUUGUGUGCGUGUUAAAGGAGGGUGUAACAGUCCCAGGUUGAAUUUUCCUACAUGAGAUCUCACAACCUUUAUUUAAACAUGCCAGUCCUCUCAGUCCAAAGCCAGUUUCGACAUCAACUGAUUUUUAAUAAAGACGUCUGUUGAAGUCCCUUACAUUAGUCAUUUACCUUGUCAACACAAGAACCAGGCAAAAAAAAAAAAAAACAGAGCGAUAUAGAUAUAUUUAUAUAUUAUAUAAAUGUGUGUAUAUACUCAAUGGAUAUUUCUUUGGAUAUUAGAGUGCAUGAUGAAUUAUGUGGUGGGUUUGAUGGGGUCAGAAAAAAAUGCCGUUAUUUGGGAUGGAUGCAAAAAAAAAAAUCUCUCUUCUUCUCGAGUCACGUAGUAGCAAAGAUAGGAGUGCUCUAUUCUGCUGUGCUUUGGUACGUCGCGCCCUUACGGGCUGACCUCAGGUCAGUUUUUUUUAAAUGUGCUGGGAUAGGGGAGGUCAAUAAUUAGGCCCAUGUAACUGGCCUGAGUCAGUGAAGACGGAGUGGGAUGUUUCACAAAACUGGUCUCGGUAAGUAAAGAGAUGGUGGGGUAGAAAUGCUCUGUACUUCUUCUAUCAUACGUAGUAUUGAGGAGCUCCAUGCAUGCAUCAUUUUUUUUCUCUUAUAUUUGGUAAAACAUCCAAUUACAUUAAAGGGGAAUUGCACCAGUUUUUCAAAAUUUAUGCAUAAUUCAGCCAUCAAGAUGUUGACGUCAUUCAGUGUGGUUUGAUGUAAAAUGGUUCAGUGUAGAAAAACUCAGGCGUUAGGUGUGUUCUGUUUUUUUUUUGUUUUUUUUUAAAACACUGUGGUGAUGAUAGGAACCAGAAGCUGUGAUGUCUACAUUUUGUUUGCUGUCCAAAAUGCUGAUAAUUAUAAUGGUCAAUCUGAAAAAAAUGUUGGGGGACUUUUUUUUUUUUUCCCUUACAAUGCCCUGCAUGUACCUCUCUGCCAUGAAUGGAUGAAAGAAAAAUAUGUUUUACGCCAAAAUAUUCUCGUCUAUCAUACAGCAUCCUGUCAGGUUUCGGGCAACAUAUUUGGAACCAUUUCAUGUAAUAACUUGAAGCUUUUAGAGCUGCAGGAAAAUCUUAUGAGUUGUAUCUUUACUUUGUUUAAAUGUUGUCGGUUUAUUAAAUCUGCCUCAGUCAUAUCUAAAAAUGUACUUGUUUCAAAAUGGUAGAUGUCUAUUAAAAUUAAAUAUACGGCAACCAAUCGCAAUUCACUGCCAUAACAAGCCAAGUCAUAGAAGAGGGCCAUGUCUCUGACAUGGUCAGCGAUAGUUGUAAAAAAUGGGCGAGGAAGGGGCCGAGGGGGUGCGCAGUGGCACUUAGUAUCCACAAAGGGGCCUUUGGGACCCGCUGUAUUAGUGGCGUUAAACACUUUGGAUGUCUGGUUCCUAUCGCUACCAUUGAGAACAGUUCUGAGUUCCUCUAGUAUGAAACAUUUGACCUUAAAACACUCCAAAUGACUUUGUUUGUAUCUUAAUGAUUUAAAUACGCAGAAAUGAUGAAAAAUCAGUGCAACUGCCCUUUAAUAAGCAUCAGUCCUGUCACUGUUGUUUAAGAAUUACACUAGUCUUCUAAGACAGUUCCUUCAACUAACUUUGUGCUUCAUGUCUGAGCAAAACACAACAUAGACAUUCCCACAUUCCAGUAGGGGGUGCCUGUCUGUGACUAAUUCAACAGACCUGAUGGAACUCUUGGACAGUGUCUCUGACCAGCAGUAUCACCAGAUCUCAAUCCCAGUUCUCUUUUGGAAAAGCAGGUGUGCUGAAAUAGGCGCCUAAGAAAUUGGAAGAGUGGGGUACAAUGAACAGGGACUAUCUCAAGACUGGUGCAGGGGUAGACAGAUAUAAAAAUUUGCACUGGUCACUCGGGCCACUAAACCAAGAAGUGGCCAGUAUUAAGACUUUGUUGCCACAAUCAUAGAAACACGGUCUGUACAUUGGUAAUUUCUGUUGUGAUGACUGUGCUGAUCUGUCCUGAUGUCAUCCCAUUUAGGCUAUUUCAUUAGGUACUGUUCAGCUACUGCAGUGAGAGCCUCUUGCUGUAACGGCAGCUUAUUGAACACCAUAUCACUGUUAACAGAACAAAACCUUGUAUCUCCAAAAUGAUACCUUUCCUGGAGAAGGAAAAAAACCUUCUUUACAUUCAAUGUAAGUCAAUGGAACCAGACUUUUUUCUAAGUCAUUAUUGUCCAUUUCUUUUGGUCCAUUCAUCAUGACGUUUAUACACAAUGUAAAGGCAUUUUCAAAUCAUCACAAAAACUGAGAUGCAAGGUUUUGUCCUGACAGCAGCAAUUAUUAUUUUUUUUAUAUGUAAGACCUUAUUUCAUAGACUGAUAUUACCAAACUUCAUUCAGUAAAACAGUUCUGCAGGAGUGGCCACCCAUGGUCACCACGCUGCUACAUUAGCUAUCACAGUGGUUGCAGUUGACCAACUGGCUUUGCGUUUCCUGUUGCCAAAAUGUGAAAUGGUGUGGCAACCUCCACCCCUAGACCAGCGUAAUCCUUACCCAACAGGACUGAUGCUGUUAUUAAGGCAAGGUGACAAAUAACCAAGUAUUAGAAAAGAAGUAGACCUCUGAAAUGGUCAUCAUUCUGCAGGUGGCAUCGUACCCAAUUCAGGAACCCUAGGUCUAAGCUGACUUUACCUAUGUGGAAAAUGAUAGUGUUACUUAAUCCUCUGAAUUACGAGGUUGUUGAGGAGUCAAAAUAUGCAUAAUGCUACAUUUUAUUAAAUCUACAAGCAAGCUAACACUCUACUAUUAAAGUUCAACACUGUUAUAUACCAACACCAGCUACUCAAACUGUAGGCUACUACUGCUAAAGCGACUUAACUACCACGUUUGGUAGAGCUUGGAAGGAGGCGUAUUUGGUUGAGGUUGCCAGUCUUAUGAUGUCAGUUUAGUGCACAGCUGUAUUGGCUUGCAUGUAGCAAUGGUUGCAUUUUGACAUAAUUAUCUCAUAAUUCAGAUGAUCUACUGUUAUUUAGGGGAGAGGAAGGGAUGUGCAACAGUGAAGCGUAUCGGGUAUGUAACACAGUUUACCACAGCAAUAGCAGCAGUUUUUGAAAACACCAUUUAUUUUCCCCAUCUUACACCCAGAGUUCCUAAUAUGUGCGAGACACCGACUACAGAGAGAUCCACGAUGCAUGCGGCUGACUUUGCAGUCUGCUUUUUUGAGAAAAUCCUGUUUUGUGAAAUGUCCCCAAAGAGAAAGCAGGAGCUUCUGAGUGCAGGUCUGCACUUCACAUACCCUCCAUGAAGCGUGUAUGCGCGCGUGUACUUGCUUGUCUGUGCGUCUGUGUUGAGGUUACCUGGGGAAUUGGUAUCUUUUGGUCUGUUGCUUCAUCUAGUCCUCUGUUCUGAGCCAAUCAAAAGAGUCCUCGCUCUGUGUUCAACUGCAAUUCAACUGGAAAUUACUAUUAUUAUUAUUGCUAUUAUAAUGAUUUAUUAUAUUAUUAUGUCAGCAUAAGUACAUAUGUAUUAACCGUCUUGAGGUGUUUUGCAGUUUCUGUAUUUAUUGUAACUGCUGUUUUUUUGUUUGUUUUCCCUCAUUGAAAACUUGACUUUUUCUUUUUAAUUUUAAGGUUUAUAUGUGAAUGUUAAGAAUGUUGUAUGCAUUAGCUGGCAUGAUCGAGAGGGCGAGUGCGCUCGGUGUGCGUGUGAGUGCGUGCGUGUGUGUGUGUGUGUGUGUGUAUUGUAUUACAGUUUGGACACACGUAGCUGACACUUCCCUGAAAAUCUCACCGUGACUCGGAAGCCUAAAUUGUGCCUCUUUAUAGAAAAACAAGACCUACAAUACAUUAAACAAACAAACAAAAAAACUACAAAACCCACGCUGCUUUGUGUCGCGGAUACUGCUUUGCAACCCUCAGGUUUUUGGAUAAAGGGGGGGGGUGCGGAGGGUGUGUUGCUUUGGGCUACUGGUUCUGUUUGUGCAAAAAGCUCUGUUUUGGUGAAGACAGUGAGGUUUUCCUUUUUUUUUUUUCCCCUCUGUGGUGUAUGUGUGAGAGACCAGUGUAUAAAGGAUGAAUUACAACUGAUUCCCCUGUAAUUGUCAUAUUGUAUGAUUCAAACAUAAAGGUUCCCCUCUA